CUAGGCGCGGCGUGCGCCCGCGCGGCAGCGGCUUCUGUGUCGCUGCCAAGCGCCGCCGCAGCUGGGUCGGCGUCAGGCCGGGCUCAGGCUCCCGCAGCGCUGGGUUGUGGUCCGGGUGCUGCACUGCAUGCCGCUGCGGAGCAUCUCGGCGCCAUCGCUUCGGCUGGAGCCGCAGUUGCGGCUGCAGCCGCCGUCCCAGGUUAUGGCGGCAGCAAUCAUGACUGUCAACCCACGUCAUGCACGGGACCCACAGCAGCCGCAUGUAGCACCAAUGGUCCUAUGCUGCAGAUGGCAAUGGUGGCGGCCACAGCCAAGCCGUCAUGCGCGUCGUCUUUGACUGACCCAUGGGUCACAUUGGCCUCGGCGACGGCCGUCGCUGGAGGGCUGAUGGAGGGCUGCCUGGCGGCAGUGCGGCUUCAGCCGAUACACCUGCGCGAGCCUCUGCUGGCGACACUGCAGCCGACGUUGCAAUCGCUGACGGCGACCCUUGAGGGUGUUGCUGCCGCCGCCGGAUCCGCCGCGACGCCCCAUGCAACAACCCGGACGGACGCCUGCGCUGGCAGCGUCGCUUGGGCCUUAUACGAAGUGGACCCGAAGGGCCUGCUUUGUCAGGCAGUGGGCUAUGUCUGGGCAAGACUGCAAGCGCAGCCAGCGCUGCCGGAGCUACCGCCGCCUGCAGCAGGGUUGGUGCAACACAUGGUGACUUCGGCGACGGCGCGCUCGGAGGGGCGCUGGCACCCUGCCGGUGGAGUCGUCUCCGUGCUGCUGGCGGGGUCACUGGGGAUUGCGCGGCUGCUGCACGUGGCUGGGUCAGCAGGCGGCGGACCCUCAGACGCUGCAAUGGAGCUUCUGGAGCAGCACAUGCAGGGACCGCUGUUCGCGGAUACGCAGCUGCUGGCGAGGACCGCCUUGGAAGCCGCGCGGCAGCCGGCAGCACCGCAAGCCGCCGCUAUGCCACGGGCGCCGCCGUCAGCCCUGGCGAGCCGCCUCCUACACAGCCUGGCUGCUGAAACCCGCCGCCUGCACUGGCUGUACGGCGGGGUGGCGGACGAUGUUGGAGGCCGCACAUGGCUUGCUGCGCUGCCUCCCGCUGCGUCAGGUGCCCUUCGUGACAUCCUGGACCGCACCUUUGUUUGUGUGGUCAGCGUGCUGACGGCGGCGUACGACACAUUAGCAGCACCGCUGGCGAUUGCGCGUCACCGGGAGGCCUUUUGUGGGCCUGCCGCAGGAACAGGCAGCGCCCGACGAUGUUGUUUGGCAGCGCCGCCGAUGGUGCCAACGGUGGUGGCGUUUGGGUGCCUUGCUGACGUUCAAUUCUGCGCCUUGCAGCUUCGGGUGCAUGGCGACCUUGUCGCGCGCCUAAGCUCCGAUAUGGCGGCGUUUCCAGCGGAGGCCCUGGCGCCUCUGCUCGGGUUGUUGCCCUGUUACGGCCCUUUCGCAGCGACGUACGAGACAGGAGCCCCUGUCGCCGUGUCACGGCUGGCCUUCAUCCUUCCAGUGGCGGCGUCUUGCGUGCCACACGUCGAUGAUGUUGGCGGCGCCGCUGCUUCUGUAUUGCCGUACAUCUACCUAUUGCUGAAGGGUGCGCCGGAGGCCGUGACUCAGGCAGCCCAUGCGGUGUGGGCAGCGCUGCUAGCCGGGGUAUGCGAAGCGGGGGAUGGCAUGCCGUCACAGGCUCAGGGUGCUCAUGGCGGAGUUGAGACCAGCCGAGCUGAGCUUAGCCCAGUCCGCCCUGUGGACAUCGACUUGGCCGCGUCCAUGGUGCCCUUUUACGUGGCACGCACCUGUCAGCCGCCGUGCAGUGUUGCCGACGUUGAGCUGAUGGAGAGGGGAUUGCGACAGGUCUGGCGGUCGCUACCACUGGCGCAUUCUGCUAAGGUCUGGAGCAUUGCUCACCUGGCUCAGGAACUGCGAAUGAGGGUACAUGUGCCCAACCAGAGGCCCGCAACCUUGUCGAACGGUGCUGGACACCGACAACAUGAGGAAAGUCAAGAUACGGACGUGGCGAUUGCGGUUGCUUUGCCCGUUGCAGAACGCUUUGCAACGGCUUUGGGCGUGUUAAUUGCUGAAAUUGAUUUCCCUCUGCUCAAAGACGCUCUUCGGCAGGUAGAUGGACUGCUGCGGGUUGUUGAAGGUACAGGCCGGAUAGUCAUAGUUCAAACCUUGCUUGAUAGUUGGCUAUUAUGCAAUGAUUACGCUCGCAAGCCAUUACUCGAUGAAUGGUUGCGAACAAAGUUAGCCACGGCGUAGCCUGCCGGGCUGUUUGCACCGUUGCGUGGCGUGGUCAGUAGUUGACAGGUAAU